GCCGGAGUAGCUAGCUGUAGCACGAGAUUUCAGCUGUGAUCACGUAGAUACAGGGGCAACAGCUUCGAAGGGAAGGAGAGCUAGCGCUAGCCACCGGCGCCAUGGAGCUGGAGCUGGGGCUUGCGCCGCCGAACCACGCCGGCCAGCCGGCGGGCUUGUGCGGGAAGAGGGACCGCUCGGCGCCGGCGGUGGCGUUCGGGGUCACCAAGGCAACGCUGCCGCUCUUCCUGCUGCGUGACGACGACGGCGACGACAGCGGGGAAGACGGCACUGCCGGCGCCCGCGACUGGGGAACGAGCAACAAGAGGAAGAGGCUGGUGGGGUGGCCGCCGGUGAAGAGCGCGCACCGCCCACGCAGCCACCACAACGGCCACGUGAAGGUGAAGAUGGAAGGGGUGCCCAUCGGGAGGAUGGUGGACCUGUCCCGCCACGCCUCCUACCACGAGCUCCACCACACGCUCCGCCUCAUGUUCCCCUCCUCCACCGUUCACCAUGCCGAUCCAUACGCCGUCACCUACGAGGACGGGGAUGGGGACUGGAUGCUCGUCGGAGACGUGCCGUGGGAGGAGUUUAGCAAGUCGGCCAAACGGCUCAAGAUACUCAUGUGACCGACUACACUUGCCAUGUAGUAUUGCUGGUUGAAUGUGUGGAUCCCCAUGGAUCUGCACCGGCGUCUGUGUCUUGUUAGUUAGUUUACUGAAUUUUAGUACAUGUUGUAUGAGACUUUCUGAGUCUAGUUUUCCUGUUCAAGGUUUAAAAUUAUAGUAACGGAAAAAAAUCGGUGAAAUGUCUGAAAUUAUUUCAGAAUUCAAUAUAUGAAAAAAUAAUAAAUUUUAAUUGUUUUUCGCUGAA